ACAAGCCAUACAAAAAUGAAAAAGAUGGCGGUAGCCAGAAGUUAUACGGUUGGACGUUCCUCAAGUUGUUUUCGCAAAUAUCGAAUAUUGUUUGUAUUCGGUAUAACUGUCCUUUGCGUACAAUUUUAUUUAGCUCACUCAUUUUUUGGUUUAGAUAGUCGUAAACUUGGAAAAUCAUCAUCCGACGGAGAAGAUGUACUACAAUCAGAAGAAAGUGAAGGUUUGCCAAAAGGCUCACGUCAGUUGAAACUUCCACCUGACAAACAUGCCAAUAAAUCUUCUCAAUAUCAUCGUAAUCGUACUGCCAGGAUAAUACUAGAUCGCAAAUUAUUAAAUUUUACACCCGCUUGUGAAGUCAUUGGCAGAGAAGCUGUAAGCGCAGUGACACGUGCACAAAGUCAAAUGUGCAAACAACGCAUUGUCAAUGUGACGUGCCUUAGUCAGCAGGGUUUGUUAUACCCAGAAAGGAUACAAUCCUUGUGUUCGCAUUCUCCAGGUUUUUCAAAUAAGCCAGUAAAUUUAGGCUGUUUCCAAGAUGAUAAAACCUUGAGAAUACUUUCUGAUUAUUACCAUAUUUUCAAAGGGAACAAUUCUCCAGAGCAUUGUGCUUUUAUGUGUCUUCAAUCAGGAUAUCCAUAUGCUGGUACCGAAUAUUCCGUAGAAUGUUUUUGUGGAAUGGAAGAACCACCUCAAAUAAAACAUUUACCAGAUUCUAGUUGUAAUAUGAAAUGUUCUGGUAAUCCAAAACAAUUGUGUGGAGGAUAUUUAACUAUUAAUGUUUUCUGGACUGGUAUCCAAAAAUUUAAAUCUCAAGAAGCAAGAAAUUCAAGUUCAAAAACAGGGCAUGAGAAGGCAGCACGUAUAGCUUAUUUGUUAACUGUGAACGGUAGAGCUAGUCGGCAAAUUAAACGACUCAUCAGUAUUUUAUAUCAUCCAUCUCAUUUAUUUUAUAUUCAUGUUGACGCUAGACAAGAUUAUUUAUAUCGUGAAAUGUUGAAAAUAGAAAAAUCAUGUAAGGCUAACAAUAUCAAAGUAGCAAGAGGAGAAGGUAUGAGACACGCAACUAUUUGGGGUGGUGCAAGUCUUCUAACAACUUUUCUAAAAUCUGCACAACAAAUACUUGCGCAUCCACAACAUUGGGAUUUUCUAGUAAAUCUAUCAGAAUCGGAUUAUCCAGUUAAAACUAAUACCCGAUUAACAGAAUUUCUUAGUUGGAACAAAGGUAUGAAUUUUGUUAAAUCACAUGGAAGAGAAGUACAACGCUUUAUUACCAAACAAGGAUUGGAUAAAACUUUUAUCGAAUGCGAAGCACGAAUGUGGAGAGUAGGAGAUCGAAAAUUGCCAAAUGGUAUUCAAAUUGAUGGAGGUAGCGAUUGGGUAGCUUUAAGUCGAGAAUUUGUAGAAUAUAUUUCUAAUCCAAAUCCGGAUUCUUUAGUAGCUAAUCUUUUAAAAGUAUUUCAGUAUACAUUAUUACCUGCCGAAUCUUUUUUUCAUACCGUAUUACGUAACUCAAGAUUUUGUGAUAGUUACGUAGACAAUAAUCUUCACGUGACUAAUUGGAAAAGAAAAUUGGGUUGUAAAUGUCAGUAUAAAGCUGUAGUCGAUUGGUGUGGCUGUAGUCCGAAUGAUUUUAAACUUGAAGAUUUCAGUAGAAUACGUAAUACUGCUGAUCGCAAUUUGUUUUUUGCACGAAAAUUUGAGCCCAUCAUAGAUCAAAGAAUAAUAGAUAGAGUAGAAGAAUGGUUAUAUCCUGAAAAAGCAAACAUGACUGUAAGAGCUAAUAGCUAUGAUGCUUAUUGGCAAAGUCUUUAUCAUAAAGCAGAUUUAAGUCCUCCAACAGAUGAUGCUUUAUUAACAAUAUCAUAUUCUUUAGCAAGACUUUCUUUCCAAAAGCUUAAUGUCAAUUUCCAAAAUGUACACGUUAUAGAAACGACGGCAUAUUUUCGAGAAAAUCGUUUUACUGGCAUUUUAAUUCUUGCUGAAGGUGAUAUAGAAUCUCAGGAGAAAUCGAUAUUGCAAAAUAAACAUACACAAAAGAUUGAAGCUCUGGUGUAUUUACGACAUAAUGUUUCCACUAAUAGAUUGUGGUUAGGGAAAAUUCAUAAUCUUUUUGUUAAUACUGAAUAUGAUCAAAAAGAGCAAACAUUUAGAAAUAUGAUGGGUAGUAUAGGCCCUUAUUCAAAUCCAGUUUUAUUAUAUGAGUUUGAUGAUUCAAUUAUUACUCCACAAAAUUUUUCUGUAUUCUGGAUCGAUCCAUAUGGACAAGUGGCAGAUGUCAACAAUAUUCAUAUUGAAGACGGUGUAGCAUUGGUGGGACAUGUCAGACCACAACUUAGUGAUCAUUUGGUAAUAGGUACUUGGCAUGUAUUAUUGGUGGUUGACUCAUUGUUAGUGGCAAAAAUAAAUUUUUUAGUAACACCAUUGUCCUAUUGGAAAAAUCGACAAAUUGAGAAAGAAAAAGCUAAGGAAAUAAACAGUAUACCUUAUAAUACUUAUAAUACAGAUGAACUAAACAAAAAGUGGUCAAAUUUCAUAAAAUCGAUGAUAGUUCACGAGCAACAUCCUCAUGAAAAAGGUACAGAAAAUAAAAUUGGUCCUGAUCUAGAUCAAUGGAUAGAUGGAUUAGUAUACGAACACUAUGAAAUUGAUAAAAUAUGCAAUGCUAAUGAUCAGACCAAAAGCAAACUAAAAUUGCAGAAAUGCAUUGAUACUGCUUGGAGCUCUUUGAGCCCAGACCCAAAGGCUGAUAUCCGUAACCUAUGUCAAAAUUAUUAAUUAAUUUACCAAAUAUGUGCCAUUUUUAACAUUUUGAAACUCAUUAUGCCUGUAUGAAGAUUAUCUAUCUCUUUAGAUAUUUUUAUAUUGACAUCUGUAUAUAUAUUGUAUUUAUAAAAAUAUAUAUAUGUAUAU